AUGUUGCAGAUUUGGCGCUUGAGGGUAGCGAAUUCCUGGCUCAUGGCGCAAGAUGGCGAGGGCUGUGCCGGCGCCGGCGUGGACGCGGCUCGAACAGAUCCUUCGAUGUGGAUGCGUACAUUGAGCGACCUGCCUUGCACAAGCUUUGGCGAAAGGCGUCUCGUGGACAUUACUCUUCCCGGCUCACAUGAUGCAGGGGCCUUCUGGUUGGAAGAUCGUGCUGCAAGCUGCGGUGCGCGAUGCCAUGCUUGUGCGCUUGCCCCAAGCUACGCGCGACGAUGGGGCCUGGCGCAAGGAGGAGAUAUUCUCAGCCAGCUUCGCAAUGGUGUGCGCUUUCUGGAUCUGCGGCUCACCGUGGACGAUGCUGUGGCGGGUUGCGACGAGGUCAGCAACGUCACCGGAGCAUGCUGGAAGGUCCACCAUUGUCUUCUGGGAGUUCCAGUUGCUAAUGUUACUGCAGACCUGCGCCGAUUUCUGGAGGACGACGAACAAGAUGCGCAGCGGCAGGGAGAGCUCGUGAUCGUGAGGGCCAAGCUUCAAUACUUUGAGACCACCUACUAUUUUUCCGGCUCCGAUCGUGCGCUGACGAGGGCGCGCCUCGAAGCGCUUCGGGCCGCGCUGGAGGAGGAGUUGCUGCCCUUUCU